CGUGGCAGUAUUUUGGUCAUCCAUCCAAAAACACGGGUUAGCGAAACAAUAUGCGAACAAGCGGCGAACUUUCACCAGCGAAAAUAGAGCAUAGCCAUGGCCUCUGUAGCUAACGGUCCGUACGUUCUCGGACCUCCGAAUUCUCCUCAUCAAUCCAAAGGCGGCAGCAACAACAACGACAAAAUCUUCAGAUUCCUCUGCUGUCCAUCUCAUGUUCUUAGAAACACUGGAUGGGUCCAUUCUAUCAACUGUGUUGCAGCAUCAUCCCACUCUCCACGCACCCCAAAGCGAGGUUCUUCAACUAUCACCCGCUCCACUGCUAAUAAGUCUUCCCCAUCUACAGAAAUUAGUUCUACAGCCAAGAUACGCAGCGAAGUUCUCUCUCCCUUUCGGUCUUUUCGGAUGUUCUUUUAUCUUGCUUUCAUAGCUAGUGGUACUCUGGGGGGAUUAAUAGCAACCACACAAUUGAUUGCUGCACUAACAAAUUCAUCAAGAGCGGCCGCAGUACCUGAAAUUUUGAACGGUCUUGGCAUAGACAUUGGAGCAGUAUCUCUUUUUGCAUUUCUUUAUUCAAGGGAUAAUACUGCUAAGAAUGCACAACUGGCUAGGCUCUCAAGAGAGGAAAGCCUUUCAAAUCUUAAGCUCCGUGUGGACGAAAAGAGGGUUAUUCCUCUCAACUCUUUCAGAGGGAUUGCUCGCCUUGUAAUCUGUGCUGGCCCUGCAUCCUUUGUUUCAGAGUCUUUUCGAUUAAGUGAACCUUUCACUGAAAGCCUUUUGGACAGAGGGGUGCUUGUAGUACCCUUUGCUACAGAUGGAAAUCUACCUGGUUUUGAGUUCGAUGAAAAUGAAGAGACACAGGAUAUUACGGCCAAAAGGAAGAGACUCUGGCAGCUGGCUCCUUUUAAUAUUUCUGAGUGGUCCAAGUGGUUAGAUGAACAGAAGAAGCAGGCUGGUGUCUCCUCUGAUUCUCCUGUGUAUCUAUCUUUGCGGAUGGAUGGGCGUGUCCGUGGCAGUGGCGUUGGUUACCCUCCUUGGAAUGCUUUUGUUGCACAAUUACCUCCUGUAAAGGGGAUGUGGUCAGGUCUUCUGGAUGGCAUGGAUGGAAGAAUACUUUGAAGAAAGUAUCUUGUUUACAAACGGCUCUUUCUCCACAGUUUCCUGGAAUUAUAAUACCUCCCUUCACUCCUUCAUGAUAAAGAUAUGAUGCCUUCUUGUGAAUUUAGAGAUAUCUGUUGGUUAUUUAUACUUUAAUUUAUGUGUUCUUUUUUCUCUCCUCCCUUGACUUCCUACCUAUGAAGUGUUCUGUUAGAAUAGGUUUUUCUCGUGCAUUUAACAUAUAGCCAACUUUUUUUUCUUGGGAGCAAGAUUAUUAGUAAUUUCUUUGUAUUAUUCUUUUGAUGUACAAGGAAGGAUUGUUAUCAAUGGCAAGGUAUGAUGAUGAACGUGUUUAUUAUGAUAUCAUGCUGGAGGCAUAUGUAUUAAGUUAUUGAAUUGCUCCUACUUUUAACUAUUUGGAAGAUAUUUCACCAACACAAUGAAGAUCAUGACUGUGAAAACGUCUGCGAUUGAUUCUCUGCCAAAAAUAUGAACAGUAGGAUCUACUACUAAGCGUUGAAUUUGAAAGUGCCAAGGUUAAUUUUGAUGGUUAUCACAAGAAAAGGAAAUGAACAGUUUUUUCCUAUUGUUUUAUUAGCUCUAAAAUUCAUUAUAGUUAUCAUAACAGGCUGCUCCAAACUGGGAAAAUUGUGCAUCUCUCUCUCUCCCCCUCCCCCACCCCCA